CUAGAUAUUCCAUUUCACUCCCUCUCAUACUCUCAUCUCAUACAUUAUACUCUACUAAUUUAUUUCAAUUAAUUAAUUUUGAAGUAACAGAUUCAUAAUCUAACUCAAACACUCUUUACCACUUUCAUUGCAUUGCUUAUUUUUUCAAAACCCCAAAAAUCUCUUGUAACCAAAAACACCCUUCAAUCCUCAUAUUUUCAUUUCUUCAAACACUUGGUACCCAUUUCUUAUUUUCCUCCAAAUUUUUAUUUUCUUAUUCAAAGUUUGAGUCUUUCCAAUUGGUGUAUCUUCAAUUGACGCAAAAGAUCAGAUCUAUUUAUUUACGUUUUUCUUGUGAAACAAAUAACUGAAGUAAAAGGAAAGAAGAAUGGGGCAGUUUUGAAAGUUGAAUUCAUGCUUGAGAAAGUGAAAAAGUGAAGAUUUUUAAAAAUGAUUGUAAAGAAAAACAUGGGGAGGGUAAAGUCAAUACUUAUGCUGCUUAUGAUGUUGGGAUUUUUCUUUGGAACUUAUAAUUUAGUGUGUAUGAUGAUAGAACAUAAUAAGGCGGGAAAUGAUUUGGGAUCAUUUGAUGCAAAAGGGAUGGAGAUUAUAAACACUAAAGCGAAGUAUCACGUUGCUGUGACGGCAACCGAUGCGGCUUAUAGUCAAUGGCAAUGUAGGAUUAUGUAUUAUUGGUAUAAGAAAAUGAAGGAUAUGCCUGGAUCGGCUAUGGGAAAGUUUACCAGAAUCCUGCAUUCUGGAAGGGGAGAUCAGUUGAUGAAUGAAAUUCCUACUUUUGUUGUUGAUCCUCUUCCUGAAGGCUUGGAUAGGGGUUAUAUUGUCCUAAAUAGACCAUGGGCUUUUGUUCAGUGGCUAGAGAAAGCAGAAAUUGAUGAAGAAUAUAUUCUUAUGGCAGAACCUGACCACAUAUUUGUUAACCCUUUGCCUAAUUUGGCAUCAGAAAGUGAACCAGCAGGGUAUCCAUUUUUCUAUAUAAAACCAGCUGAAAAUGAAAAAAUUAUGAGAAAAUUCUAUCCCAAGGAAAACGGCCCUGUUACCGAUGUUGAUCCUAUUGGCAAUUCCCCUGUAAUCAUCCACAAGUAUUUGUUGGAGGAAAUAGCUCCCACCUGGGUGAACGUUUCGUUGAGAAUGAAAGAUGAUCCUGAGACGGAUAAAGCUUUUGGAUGGGUGCUUGAAAUGUAUGCUUAUGCUGUAGCGUCUGCAUUGCAUGGUAUAAAGCAUACUCUUCGAAAAGAUUUUAUGCUGCAGCCACCUUGGGACGUAGACGUAGGGAAGAAGUUUAUCAUACAUUUUACAUAUGGAUGUGACUACAAUUUGAAAGGGCAACUAACAUAUGGAAAGGUCGGAGAAUGGCGUUUUGACAAGAGAUCAUAUCUUAUGGGUCCUCCACCCAAAAACAUUUCCUUACCGCCUCCUGGAGUUCCUGAAAGUGUGGUGAGGCUUGUAAAGAUGGUCAAUGAGGCUACUGCAAACAUACCUAAUUGGGAAUCAUUAAAUAGAAGCUAAGGGAAAGAUAACAAAAACAUAACUCCUUGUGCUGCUUCUACAAACACUAAUUACAUGUCAAAAUAGAUUAGUUUAUGCAAAUACAAAGGGUGUUUUUGUGCUUGCUUUGAAAAUAGGAUUUGUUUUUCUUUUUAGUAGCAAGUUAAUUCUUUUGCAUUCAAACAUGUACAAGACAUUUACAGUCUACCAAAUAUAUUUUUGCCAUCAGAUUGCUGUCAGAAUGCAAUCAAUGAAAAAAUUUGUACUUCUUUCACCUCAUCAAUA